UUUCAUCCUUCUUCCCAUGCUUGGAACAGACACUGACGAUAUGGACACAGUAUGGCUCCGAGACUCUGGCACGCCUCUGGGAGUAGUUUCGCCUUCGUCUUCCUGCUGCUGCUGGUGCUGCCGCGUGCUACUACAGAGUGCGACCAGAAGUUCAUAAGUACGUCGGACGGACCGCAAAACGGGACGUUUCACGCGCCCCAUCUGAUCAAUCCGAGCGGCGAGUCGCGCCAGUGCGUCUACACGUUUCUCGCUGGGCCGCAUCAGCGCGUCGAGCUCGUCUUCAACAACUUUGGCCUACGCGGCUCUCCUCCCGAUGGAGCCGCUGUCGGAGAACUACCUGCCUGCGUUCACGAGUACAUGGACGUCUACACGGAGAUCAGGACGGACAACACGACCAAGCUGAUAGAGACGCCCUUCGGGGGCAGGUACUGCGGCCCUAUACCUCCCCGCAAGAGGGUCUCCCUCUACCAGGGCAUCGCCCUCAGUUUCUACACCGACAAAAAUCUCACUCUGCCAAGUGUCUUCGACGGACGCUAUGCUUUUAUCAACGCCUCUGAGUACGAGAUCGGUACGCCAGCGCCGAGUCUGCCGUGCUCGUUCGUGGUUAACGCGGACGUCAAGCGUACGGGCAACAUCCUCUCGCCCACGUAUCCGGGCACUUAUCCCAAGGACAUAGUCUGCAGCUACCAGUUUGUUGGGAAACCGAGGCAACGAGUGCGACUCGAGUUUCGAGACUUUGAUCUCUUCUUCGGUGGUCCCCACUGUCCCUUCGACUAUGUAAAAGUGUACGACGGCAUAAACAACACGUCGGCCGUGAUCGGCACCUACUGCGGCCAACAGAGAAACCUCGUGCUGUACUCGUCCGAGUCGAGUCUGUUUGUUCUCUUCGUGACGCUCCAGCGUACAGCGAACACGCAAAAUCGCGGCUUCAAGGGUAUCUUUGAGUUCUCCGAGAGCUUUGUCAAACUAGAUUUUAUAACGAAUUACGGUGGCGAGCACAUAAGGGGUACGGAGUGCGACCAAAAGAUACUGAGCAAGAAGGAAUCGGUCGGGCAAGUCGUGAGCCCAAAUUUUCCCUACCCGUACAUACCGAAGGUCGUUUGCCGUUACUUCAUCUACGGUAUGCAGGACUCGCAGCACCUCGAGCGAGUGAGGCUCGAGUUUUCCUCGCUCGACAUACCAAAGGGCCUCGCCAAGGGAGAGUCGAGCUGCACGGACGGCUACCUCAAGCUGUACCUGAAGGGCCAGGAGGCCACGGACUCGUACGACAAGUUCGAUCACGAGCUGUGCGGCAAGGACAGUUACCCCGAGCGCGUGGUCAGCGACGGGCCGCGGCUCGUCAUGGUGUUCAGCAGCGGCGAGCAACAGGGCCGGGGCUUCAAGGCCAACUACACGUUCGAGACCGAGUACAGGAUACCGGGAACCGCGGCUCCGGAUGGUACGUGCACCUUCACCUAUCGCAGCUCCUCCCGCAAACGGGGCGAGUUCAACUCACCCCGUUACCCGAGCAAUUACCCGAGCGACACCAAUUGCACGUACCUGUUCCUCGCUACCCCCAACGAGCAGGUCACCCUCGUCUUCGAUCACUUCAAGAUACGCACGAAAAACUUCAACGUCAGCGGACACUACGGGGUCGAGUACUGCCAGGACGAUUGGGUGGAGAUCUACAACAUGUACAGGGACGACACGGAGAAGCUUAUAGGGAGGUAUUGCGGCAUGACGGCGCCCGGGCCCGUCGAGUCGACCCUCGGCGCUCGCGGGGUCAAGGUCAUCCUGCACACCGACUCCGAGCUCGUCUACAGCGGCUUCAAGGCCCGCUACAUCUUCGAGAACGCCAAGUCCAUUUUCGGUGACUGCGGCUCCAACAUAAGCAGCUUGCACUACGGCGUGAUAACCAGUCCGAACUUCCCGAACAAGUACGACGCGCCGUCGCGCAACCUGGCGAGCAAGACCUGCAAUUGGUUCAUCAGCGUGAGGCCGAAGCACCAGAUACUCCUUAAUUUCGAGCUCUUCUCCGUCGAGGGGGAGCAGUCGGCUCGAGGGUGUCCGGCGGCGGUGCUGCGCAUGUGGAUAUCGCCCAACACGACGCCCGUGGAGCUGUGCGGGGCCAAGGAGCCCGAGGAAAAGUGGAGCCACAUCUCCGAUGACCACAACAUGCGACUAAGCUUCCUGUCGGCGGACAAAGCGGUUGGCCAGCAGGGCUUUCGCGCGGUGUGGACCGAGGUGAUCCUGGACGCGGACUGCUCGGGUGGCUUCGUUUGCGAGGUGAGCGGCUACUGCAUCGACGGCUCCCUCAAGUGCAACGACAUACGCAACUGCGGCCCCGAGGACACCUCCGACGAGGAUCACUGCAGCCUACCCCCGCCUCCGGAGAACUACUAUGCCUUACCGGCGGGCAGUGCCAGUUUUGCCGUGAUCUUCGUGAUAGUGCUGUGCGUGAUCUGCCACCGGCGGGUGCGUCAGAUGCGCGAAGCCGGUAGCCAUCACCACGACCACGGUCGGCAUCAUCGCCACCACCAGCACCACCACCUGCACCCCGAACACCUGGACGAGCACCUACAGCAGCGCGUGGACGAGCGCACGGGCCGCUGCUUUCACCAUCACCAUCACCACCACCACCCGCACCAGCACCACAACGGUGGGAGCGCCGGUGGCGGCGGGGACCAGCUCGAGCACCACCACCACCACCACCAUCACCAUAAUCAACAAAACCACCGGCUGCUGAUGCACCAUCAUUCGCACACGCACGUGGGCUCGCGGCCCUCCAGUCGGCUCGAGCUCAACAACGACGAGGACGACGAGCGCUUGCUCCAGGACCCGCCCCCCAGGUCGGCCAGCCGUGCCACCGGGACCCUGGGCGCGACGGACUACUGGAUGCCCGAGCACCACCAGUCGCCCAGCCCGGCGAGCGACAGCGAAGCCGAGCUCGAACUCGUCCAGAACGAGAUGUCGAUGUCGGCCGCCGCCGCUGGCAGGAGCAGGUGCGCCGGUGUCGGGGCUGAGGAGCAGGAGGAGGAUGAGGAAGAGGAGGAGAACGACAACAACGACGACGACGAUGACGACGACGCAGAGGAAGCCGAGAAGCUCGCGCUCCACCUGCAGGACGAGGAGGAGCCGAGCAGUAGUCCCGAGAGUGGCGCCACCGUACAGCGUGGCGGUGGUGUUCGCUGAUGCCGGCCGGCGGCCGAGUACGCAGCCGCUGCUGCCGGCUGCUCAACUACAAAGUAUGACCUUAUACGAUUAUAACACGAUGAUUGCGAUUAAUAUACAUACAUUGUGUAACGAUUAUCAUUGGGUUAUUGCAUAUACAUACAUACAUACAUACAUACAUAUAUUAUAUACAUACGUACAUUGCAUGUAAUAUAUAAUCGUCGUUUGCGUUGUUGCUCACGCCCGCGUUACUGUACACGACAAUGACGAUGUUGUUACUGCUGCUGAUGUGCUAACGCUGUACGUCGCUGUCGGUUUUUUUUUUUUAUUUUGUUAUUUUACUUUUGGUUAAGAUUCCUUGGGACUCUAAGACGAGUGAAUUGCAAUGCUGAUUUGUACUUUGGCAUUGUUUUUUCACGACGGAUUUGUUGUUCCGAAAUAUUUGUAUACUUAUAUGCGAGUGGUUCUCGGCAACGGCGCUGGACAAGCAUGGCACAUGCUGCAGGUAAGGCUGAUCAGCAAUCCGUCACUGCACUUUUCCAAGCUUUUUUUAUAACCAAGAAGGCGGAGAGUAUCCCCCCCCCCUACUUGUACCGGUCUUUUUAUCAUCUCGCGCGCGUUAAAGGCAGAGAUGGAAAAAAGCACCACAUUUGUAUGAGACAAUGAAAGAAAACAAGUGUAAAAAUUAUGUAUAAAACAUCAAUCGAAUCGCUAUUUUAAGAAAGUACCUACCAUUUUAAAAUAUGAAGAAGAAAAAAAAAAGAAAAGCACAGUACUGCCAUUAUUAGCCGUAAAACAGAAGAAAAAUAACCGCUGUAUAAAGUCAUACUUUGACCUCUUGUUCUCCGAGCACAUUCAUUGGAGUGGGAAUCAAGGGGGGAAAAAAAAACUAGUGCGAGUCUAAUUGUUGUUCACAUAAUUGUUAUAAUUGUUGCCGAGCCCGAGUGUAAAGAAUUACCAAAGAAAAUACGGAGAGUAACGCUUAAUAACGAUUAAGGCUCUUUGCCGUCGCCUUUUUUCUCGCGCUAUUGUGAGCGUUUUUUAUUCCGGUAGUAUAUUAUUACGUAUACAUACAAUAUUGCCUUCGACAUCCAGAGAUCGACUGAAAUCAGCAUGGAAAAUAAUAUAUAAUAUAAUAUAGUAUAAUAUAUAUAU